AUGACGCGUCAGGAAGUUCAUCGGUGUAAAAAUCUGUGUUUCUGGCUCUGUGGAAACACAAAAGUAUGGUGCUGCGCAUUUGGCUGCAAGGAGAAGUUUUCUAUAAGAGGUCCUGUAACUUUUCACAGCUUUCCUAAAGAUGAGAUUAGAAGACAGCUAUGGUCUUCCAAACUAAGACGAGAGAAUUUCACAGCAUCGGAUAGCACAAGAAUAUGUUCUAAGCAUUUUACGCCAGACUGCUUUGAUACAGAGAGAUUUGGUGGCACAUGGCUAAAGAAAAGUGCAGUGCCAACUAUAUUUGAUUUUCCUAGCCACUUGCAACCGAAAGCAAACAACAGGAAAACUGCAAUUAAAAGAUCUGCUGAUAUUGCUUUGUCGAAUCCUGAAUCAAGUAAGAAACGUUAA